AAUCUCUCUCUCUCUCUCUCUCUCUCUCUCUCUCUCUACGGGCAUGCAUGAGGGCGUGAAUUGGGUGGUGAUUAAUUUCAUUUUCAUCUCCCCUCGGAGCUAAAAUAUUCAUUGAAGAGUCCGCCUCCCGGCACGCAUAGCAUUAGGGGGCAUCUUUCUCCUUCCAUCUUCAUCCUUCCUCUGCUCCUCCUGCUCCUGCUCCUCCUCCUCCUCCUCCUCCUCCUAUUCAUGCUUCUUAUGCCUUAGCCUUUAUUGCUUCACAUUGUUUGCCGCACCCUCAUCUUUUGCCUCUCCUUAUUGGCUCUCUCUCUCUCUCUCUCUCUCUCUCUCUCUCUCUCUCUCUCUCUCUCUCUCUCUCCAUCUGCCUCUCAUACAAAUUACGAACGCCACCCACCAAAACCAAAACCAAGCCCACUCUCCAAUCUCCCUGCCCCCCCUCGACCCCAUCCAUCUAUUUCCUCUGAGACUCUUGCAAUGGCCGUUCAAGCUCAAUACCCUUCUAAUAUCCUCCUCCUCAACAGGAAUGCGCCUGAGAUAAACGAUUGUUCCUUGCAGCCUCAGCCAGGAGGAUUCCUAGACCAAUCCCACAUCUUAUUCACCACCGGAGCGACAGGCGCUAACCAGAGGAAGAGAGGAAGAUCAGAAGUGGCGUCCACUAACUUUGCAUCCAUGAACGCCAACAACCAUCUGUAUUCAUUGCAACCUCAGCCUCCUCAGCUCAUUGACCUCACUCAGCUCCACAACCAUACCAAUAACAACCACCACCACCAAUCCAAUCUGGUCUCCACUGGUCUCCAUUUAUCGUUCGGCGAACACCAUCAUCAUAAUCAUCAUCAACAGCAGCAGCAACAAAAUCAUCUCGUUUCGAAUUCAUCCGCAAGCUUGUCCGUAUUGUCCGAAGAUUUCGCCACUCAAUUCAAGCAACAGAGGGAUGAAAUAGACCAAUUCCUCCAUGCCCAGGGAGAGCAAUUGCGGCGCACGUUAGCAGAGAAGAGGCAGAGGCACUACCGCGCGCUGCUGGGCAUAGCGGAGGAGUCCUUGGCCCGGAAGCUGCGCGAGAAGGACGCCGAGAUGGAGAAGGCCACGCGCCGGUACGCCGAGCUCGAAGCACGCGCCGCCCAGCUCAGCGUGGAGGCCCAGGUAUGGCAGGCCAAGGCUCGGGCCCAGGAGUCCGCCGCGGCGUCGCUGCAGGCCCAAUUGCAGCAGCUCAUAAUGAGCGGGCAGGACCGGAGGGGGGCCGGGGCGGCGGCGGCGGCGGCGGACGACGGGGGCGGGCCGGGGUCCGCCGCGGAGGGCCAGGCGGCGGAGGACGCGGAGUCGGCUUACGUCGACCCGGACCGGGUCGUGGCCUCGGGGCCGAGCUGCAAGGGGUGCGGGAGCCGGGCGGCGUCGGUGGUGCUGCUGCCGUGCCGGCACCUGUGCGUGUGCGCGGAGUGCGACGCGGUGGUCCAGGCUUGCCCGGUGUGCUUCGCCGGGAGGAAUUCGAGCGUGGAGGUCUACCUUUCCUGAGGCCCGAACCCGAGCCCAAUGCGGGAGGCCCAGGCCCAGGCCCAUCAAGGCAAGGUCAGAGCGCCCCCCAAAAAAAGAGGAGAGAAAAAAAAAAUUGAAAGAAAAGAGAAUAUUAUUAUGGCAAUAAUAAAAUUCCAGACUAUAUCGACCUCGGCCUCACCGUUCAAAAAUAUAAAUUCUCCCCUUUUCUUUUCUUUUUGUUUUUGAUUUUAUUUUUAAUUUGGAGGGGACUCCCAUAUGGAGUUUUUUUCUGUACAUGGGGGCCACGGAGUUGCGUGGCAUUUUCUUCUUCUUCUUCUUCUUCUUCUUUUUCCCCACCCCCUCUUUUUUUUUUUUGGAGAAAAAAAUUGGAAAUUACAUAAAUUCUUUUAUUCUAUGAACAGCUUCUUUUGUCGUCAUAGCCUGAGUGCAAUUUGCAAUCGUGGGGACAUGGACAUGAUGAUGACGGUCGAUGUGUAGGGUUGGUCAUGUCGCAUUUUGCAUGUU